AUGGCCUCACUGCGUUCACGUGUCACCGUCUUAGAGGAGUCCUUGUCCGACGCUGUGUCCGAGGCCACCCGGGCGCGAACGGAGGUGGCAGCGCUGAGAGAGUUUGUUCAGGCGCCCAGAUUUCAGGUCAACGCCAAGCAGCCGUGGCCCCUCAGUCGCGCGGGCAGCCUCCAGAGUUCUCCGAGGAGGGCCUCGCCUUCGGCGAGGACCUGCGAGGUGAGUGCUCAGGCGGGGCUGCCAAGUCCGGAGCAGCGGAGCGACGGCAACGUUGAGGGACGCCUUUGCAAGCUGGAGGCCAGCUUCGAGCGGCAUCGCCACUCCGCCACGGCGGAAGACUGGCACGAGCUCGCUGUGCACCUGAGGUCAGACAUGACUUCUGCCAUCCAUGCGGCGCAGGAGCGGGUCUUCUCCUUUGGCGAGGGCCACCGGGCACUUGAGAGUCAGGUCGCUGGGAUGACCAGCAGCAUCUUGGGCUGUGGGCACGAGCAGCAGCGCCUGGCCGUCGAAGUGGCAAAGCUCCACGACACGGCGAAGCAGGCGCAGGAGCUUCUGCAAGAUCAGAGCAAGACCCAGGAGGAGUUUCGGCGCGACUUCACGGAGGAGCAGAAGCUUCGAAAGGAGGCGACCAGCCACCUUGGUACGAAGCUGGAGGAGCUUCGACGGGAGAUCUCCGAGGAGCAAAGAAAUCGCUCAGAGGCCCUCAGCCGCGUGGGCACGAAGCUCCAGGAGGAGUCUCGGCGCGACCUCGCGGAAGAGCAGAAGCUUCGCAAAGAGGCCACCAGCCUUCUUGGCGCCCAGCUGAAGGAGGAGUUCCGCCGCGACCUUGCGGAGGAGCAGCGGCUUCGGAAAGAGGCGAUGGAGGAGCUGGCAGCACAGCUGGAGGAGGAGUCCCAUCGCGACCUGGCGGAGGAGCAAAAGCAACGCAAAGAGGCUUUGAUCCUCUUGGGCACACAGCUGGAGGAUCAGCUCACGUCGAUGGCCGACCGACAGCAACAUCAGGCGUCGGAGCUGGGGAAGCUCAGCCGGGAGCUCGCAUCGAAUGCGCUGGAGGCCACAAAGCGAGACCUUCGACUCCUCCGCGAGGAGACUGUGGAGCGACAGGAUCGACUGGACGAGCGACUGCAGCUCUCGCAGAGUCGCACCGCCAAAGAGACGCCUGGACCAAAUGAAACG